AUGAUUCCUCGAAAAGCAAAACAGGCCGUCCUCUCGCUCGUCACCACUGAGCAGCCAAAAUACGGCCCCUCACGGUCAACACAGUCCACAGUCCACGGAGGCGACUGGGGCGAGACCGCCGUUCCAGCGGCAGGUGGUCAGUGCCAACAACAAGGCGUCGAACCCAACUCUGCUAGCUCUGGGCAGGACCCUUGGAUGAUGGUCACUGGAUCGGGGUUGAGUUAUGCCAACAUCAAUAGUGCUGGGCUCAGCUCGGCCUCAGGAUUGCCUAGUAGUGUUGGCACACCUUUGACCGUGAGAGAGGAUCAACUCAACAGGAUGCCAGCCCUUCAGCUUCUGGACCGCAAUGCUGAUACGGAUCCAGUGCUUGACAUUGAAACUGCUCAUCAGAUCCGCCUGCAACUACCCCGGAAACUACGAAAUGCUACAAAGUGGAAUCUUGUGUAUUCAUCUGACCAGCAUGGGAUCAGCAUGACGACCCUCUUCCACCGCUGCAAAGGCAAAGGACCCAUGGUUCUCGCACUCAAGGACACCACUGAUGCUGUCUUCGGAGCGUUUGUGACCGAAGAGCUCAAGCCCAACCUGACAUACUAUGGAACCGGCGAAUGCCAAGCAACAGGAAACAGUAACGACAGCAAUAGCAGCGGAGGCGAUCGGCGAUAUGAUUUGCUUUUGGCCAUGAACGAUCGCAUCGGUCGUUCACCAUCUCCGCUUUCUGGAUCACCCCACCAACAACAUCUUGCCGGGUCACCUUCCAACUCUCCGGUAAUUCACCCCAGCGACGCGACUUUGACAAGCAACAGCAGCCCAGCAAAGCCUCCAACCAGCGGCGGUCGCAAGAAGAAGCAAAAAAUAGUGCAGUUCUGGAAGUGGACGGGGAAGAACGAUUACAUGGUCCUCUCUGAGCCUGGGUUCAUUGGAUUGGGCGGAGGCGAUGGCAAGUUUGGACUAUGGCUUCAUUCUGAUCUAGAGCGGGGCCAUUCUGCGCGCUGUGCGACGUUCGAUAACGAGCCUCUGGCAGCAGCGUGUAGGCACCCGAUCCGACAAUUGGCGGAUGGUACCGUUGGUUCUCUGGCACCUCCUGUUAGGGUAGCGAGGGGGGAUACACUAGGCGGCAACAACAGUCGAAGCAGUAGCCCGAAAGAAGACAAGGAAGAGUUUUAUUGCCAGACCGUCGAGAUCUGGUCAAUGGCUCUGUAG